AUGUUAAUUAAUUUUUGGAAUAAUAAAAUAUUAAUUAAAUUAUUAUUUUUAACAAAUUUAAUAAAAGGAUUACCUCAAAAUUUGGAUCCUUUUUUAGAAAAAUUAUUUGAAACACCAGAAUGUGAAGUAUUUAUUUCUGAUAGCUCUUUUUUGGCUGUUUCAACAAUUGAAUGUCACCCUUUUAAAUGUAAUUUCCCUUACCAACUUUGUAUGCGUCCUUCCAACCAAUAUCAAAAUGAAGCUGCAAAUAAUUGUCGGGAAUUGCCAGAAAAAUGUUUGAUUGCUGCAAAUGAAGGGAAACCUUUAGAAACACCAAAAACACCGAAUACAACAACUACUAGUCCAAAACCCCCUUUACCUCAACCAAUUAUUUCCAAUCAGUUAACAAUUUGUGAUCAAUUACCAGCUGAAGGACGUUUUUGUGGAUUUCGUUUAAAGUUUGCCUUUAAUAGAGAAACACGCACUUGUGAUCAGUUUUGGUUUCCUGGUUGUCGAAAAGAAGGCAACAAUAUUAACUCUGAUAAUCUUUUUGAUACAUUUAAUGAAUGCAUAAAAGCUGUUCAAUAUUGCAUUAAAGAAUCACCGGCUACAAUAUCCCAACAACAAAAACCUCUACCAAACGAAGAAAACAUUCGUCCUCUACCAAUACCGACAGAAAACCAUUUGGGGAAUAAUUUUAGAGGACAACCUCCUCCACCCCCUACUAUACAGACGGGAAAUAGAGGAAUCGAAACCCCUUUUGGACAGGCUGGUCAAUUUAUUCGUUUAAUAACUAAUACAAUAAGAGAAGUUAGAGAAAGAGGGAAUAAUGGAGGGGGAGGAGGCGGUGGGGGAGGUGAAGGAAAUACUCAACAAGGUAUUCGUUUUGAUCCAAGUCAAUUAGGCGGACUUCUUCAAUCAUUGUUUGUUAAAUAA